CGCGACCUUCGCUGCACAACAUGUAACCAAUCCAUUCGUACCACAACAUUGUGUGAUGCACUAUACAGUGUACAACUGGCAGUGUGCUCUGCUCAGAAGAACAAUGAUAUACAGGUUGUACCGGCGAAAUCUCCAACCGCAAUGCGUUCGAGGCAAUCUUUCGUGGUAGCUUGAAUCAUCUGGAGGGCCAGUGCCGACAAUAGAACGCGCCACAAUGUCCAUAACGGAGCAGUCCACGGAGCAAGGACCCGGCCGCCGCACAUUUAUUAAGUGAGACCAUGCGUCACUAUUUACUGGUUCUACACGCUACACUGUGCUAGGCACCUACCAGGUAAGAAGGCGGUCAUCCAUGUACGACGUCAAGGUAAUCGAUUGUUUGUUCCGUCCCCGAGAUCCUCCCAGAUUGUGCUCCGUGACCUUUUCCAAAUCUUAAGUUAUUGGACGGCAUACUCACAAUUAACCAAGUCAUAUAGCAAAGCAUGAGACUUUCCCUAUAGCACAAACACGACUCAUACCACUCCAGUGCUUACUUGAAACAUGCAUAACAUCACACAAUGGCCACAGAGCACUAAGAGCGCCUGGAUGCACGAUUGCCGAUAGAAGCAAAGGAGUCUGAUAUUGGACCAAUCACGUACAAGUGUGGUGCGCCUAGGAACAACGUCACAACAUCGCUCUGAAGGCCUCUCGCGUAUACACCAUGGGACCCAAAACAUCCUAUGCCGACUUGGUCAUUAUCGGGGCCGGGCCAGCCGGGCUUAUGGCGGCAGCCUGGGCAAGUCGUCUCAGAUUGAAAGCACGAAUCCUGGACGACAAAGCCGACAGAGUCCAGAAUGGCCGUGCUGACGGACUUCAUGUUCGAACUAUGGAGAUACUGGAUAGUUUCGGCUUGGCUAUUUCGAUCGAGCAAGAAGCCUAUAAACUGCGAGAAAUAUGUGCAUGGGUACCAAUAAUCCCGAUCCUGAGGACGAAAACAGAAUUCGACGGACUCAGCGUGUGUUGUCCAAGGAGGAAGAGCUUGGUCGGUACCAUCAGUUAGGUAUUCACCAAGGGUUUAUAGAGCAGAGAUUUAUCAGUUUGUUGAAAAAAGAAGGCUGUGUUCAAGUGGAACGAUGCAUUGAAACGAAAUCUCUUGAGCUUGACCAGGCUAUCGCAACAGACCCUCAUGCUUAUCCAGUGGCUUUACGCCUCCGUCGUGGAGAUGCUGCCAAUAAGGGGAGUUCACCGGAUGCAUUCGCGGAUUCUAUGCAGGAAGAGACUAUCAAGUCAAAAUAUCUAUUGGGCACGGAUGGCGCCCAUAGCUGGACCAGGCGACAACUCGGCCUGAAGAUGACUGGUGACAGAACGGAGAAGCACUUUGGCGUCAUUGAUAUCAUCCCCAUAACUGAUUUUCCGGACGCGCGCAUCUCAUGUUCUAUACAUUCAGCGAAGGAUGGCAGUGUGAUGACAUUUCCUCGGGAAGGCCGACUUGUCAGAUUCUAUGUCCAAUUUGCCGAGACCAGCAACGGCGAAGAAUUUGACAAGAGCAAGAUUACCCCUGACAUGAUUGUCCAAACCGCAUCGAGAAUUCUAAGCCCCUAUAAGCUGGAGUACGACUACUGUGAUUGGUGGUCAGUAUACACGGUAGGACAGCAAUACGCAUCAAACUUCGACGUGGAUAAUCGAGUCUUCCUCGCCGGCGACGCCGUCCAUACUCAUUCGCCCACCAUGGGUGCAGGUAUGAAUGUGUCCAUGCAAGAUACAUACAACCUGGUAUGGAAAAUUGGCCAGGUGGUCAACGGUAUAGCACAACCACGCAUUCUCAACACAUACAACGGCGAACGGCAGAAAGUUGCUGCGGAGCUUAUGGAAAUGGAUCGCAGGAUGAGCCAAUUCUACUGUGAAGGGCCGAGCGAAGAUGCACACAACUACCGCAAAUUCCGCGAAGAGUUCCGCACUUUUCUCAGCGGUGUCAGUGUAAAAUAUGGACCAAACAUCCUGGUUCCUCCGACUCUGGAAAAGGAGGACGGGGAUUUGACGUCCCACGUCCAGAAUGGCUUCCUCAAAGAAGGAAAACAGCGGCCAAAGCUUUGGUCGAAGCAAUCGCUGGCCCGCAACAUGAUCGUCGGUCAGCGUAUCCCCUCGCAUCUGGUGAUGAACAUUGCGGAAGCCAACACUGUACACGUUCAUUCAAUGCUGAAGUCUGACGGCCGCUGGCGUGUCCUGCUCUUGGCCGGCGACAUCAGCCAGCCUGCACAAAUGGCUCGCUUGAAAGGUGUUUCCGACUACCUCGCCAGCCCGUCUUCGUUCAUACACACUUAUACUCCCGAAAGCCAAAAGAUCGACUCCAUCAUCGAGGUGUUGACCAUCCAUGCCACGCCGCGUGACAAGGUCGAGUUUUCAGAUCUCCCAGAAAUCCUACAUCCGUUCGACCCUAAGCUCGGACACGAUUACUGGAAGUGUUUUUCAAACAACAACCGAGGAGAAGAAGGCGAGUUCAGCGACGCCUACGAAGAGUGGGGCGUGGACAAGACGAGAGGCUGCGUCGCGGUCGUCCGCCCAGAUCAACAUGUGUCUUACCUUUGCGAGCUGGAUGAGAUUGAGAAUGUUGGCAAGUAUUUCAGUCAGAUUCUGCUCCCGCAAAGACAAGAUAAUUAGGAUUGGAUUUUAAUGUUUAUCGGGCGUCUUGUCUCCCCUACACUCAGAUCAUAGUAUUUCAUGGCAGGCGUUCGAUGACAUUGACGGCGUCUGUGUGGGUAUUAUUUUUCGAAAAGCUGUAACAGCACAAACUGUGAAGUACUAGUAUCCCCGACAAGGAGGACAACAAGGGAACUAUAAUCUUGAAGCGAAAUACUGGACGUCUGUUGCUCGAUUCCAAGACACUGCUGCAUUAUUUACUACUAUAUACUACUCGUACAGACACCUACUAAUCAAUCGCCGUCUAACCUG